GCCAACUUACUCUGCUGGUCAAUGGAGCCAGUCAUGGGCAAAUCGGAUACAGCUUCUUCCCAAUCGCCCAGCUAUUCUCCUAUUCCUCACCUUAUCUGCAUGUUUCUUGUGUCGCAAUACGGCGGUCAAUAGCGGUACGUCUUCCAUGUCUACCAUUCUCGAUCUGUCCACGUAAGUGUCAAGACUGCCAUGCGGUCGCUCCGCCUACUGCUGGCAUUCGGACUAGUGACUACAGUGGUCCGAGCUUCCUCGUCCACCGAUGCAACGUGCGACUCGGAUUAUGAACAACUUAACGAGUCUGGAGACUGCGAGUGUCGCGAUGGCUUCAGUGGCCUCGGGUGCCGCAUGUGCACCGUUAGCACCGAACAAGAUGACUCAGAUGUAUGCAGUAGUGCUCUAGGAGCCGACUAUACGUGCGUUUCGGGGCUCACAUACGACGCCAGUUCGUUAGGCAAAACGUAUUCCUGCAAGCUGUCCAGCGACCUUCAAGUGCUUUUCCCGGACGGGGCUAUUGAUGUGAGUUGUGAACGAGACGAUGAGGGCGAAGGUAACUGCAUUGCGGCCGUCUACAAGGCCAAGGAGACGGUGAACAGUGAACAUGUUAUCGACUGCAACAUGACGCAAUGCUCUUUCACUACCGGUAGCGCCAACGGCGAGUGUGGCGAGAUUAACUGUAAAUGUGGCUCGGAGUGUUCGGCGAUGUCCAAGUCCCUAGUGGAGGGAUCGUUGAGUGGGAAACCUGCCAAAAUUCAAGUUACCGAGUCGUCAAAAGAACUUACUAUCGUUAUUGAGGGGUCACCGCUUCCUCUGUCUGCUACGUGCAAUGCCUCCGCCUGUGAACGCAGUGAAGGCGACGACGCUACCCAAAGCAGCGGUACGUUAAGUACAGCAAGUACUGCGGACUCUACUGCCACGGAGGGGGCGGAACUGGCUGUCGUAGCUUGUGUGGCGCUCGCUGCGCUGUUACUACUUGGCUGUUUCUCGUUCUGCUGUUGCAUCGGGGGCGCUCGCAGUAGCCAGAAAGAAGAGGAUCUUGAGACGGAGCUACUGAAGGUAUCUUCACGCUCAGUCAAGAAGCUGGAGUUCCGUAACAUCAGCUGCUUUGCCAGUGUCGACAAGAAGUCUACCGAGCAAAAGACCAUCUUGAACCAGAUCUCUGAAAGCGUCUCACGUGGCCAAGUGCUCGGUCUAUUGGGGCCUAGUGGAUCCGGCAAGACAACGCUGUUGAACGCUCUUGCAGCUAUGCAAAACGGUACCUCCAAGUUCACUGGAGAGCUCUUACUGGACGGUAACAAGGUGACCAAGGAAUACCGACGUAUCGCUGCGUACGUGCAACAAGAUGACACGCUUUUCUCGACGCUUACAGUCCGCGAGUGUAUCGCGUACUCGGCUCAACUGCGCCUUCCAAUAUCAAUGACCGACUCGGCCAAGUCUGCGAUGGUUCACCGGUCACGUUGCCAACUCUCGUAUUGGCUCGGUGGGUGGGAGCACCUCUGA